UCAAGUUGAACCAGGAAAUUACCCAGCCAGAACUUGCUUGGUUGCUUCAAACUCAAGACUAUUAGGACGAGUGAAUUCUAUAUUGAGACAAGAGAGGGAAUAGUAACAGCAAUUUGCACCAGUGCAGGGUCACAUCUAGCCCACACCGUGCGAUUCAGCUGAGCUGCAACUGCCAAGCAAUGAUGAUGAGAACGCACAAUUGCAAGAUUCUACACGUGUCAUAACGGAAAACCGAUCACCUGAAUACGAACAAAAGUUUCAACAGGUCCAGCACACAGUUAGAGAAAAUUAAAAUGAGUUGAUUUAUAUUGCGUGUUCACUUAAUUCCAGUCAUCCAGAAGGCCAUCAGCUUGAUUUGCAUUCCGCUCACGGUGAAGGUCGAUAGCAGAGAACCGAUGACUUGUUGACGAUCCUAUAGAAGGACCGACUAGAAAACUCAUCGCCUUAAAUGUUCGCAAGAAAUGAGAAAAUUUCCAAAUAUACUUUAUUUCACCCUCUUCACUUUAAUAAAAAAAAAGGGCGUUGGCACAGUAAAUUCAUCGCAGUUUAUGCAGAUGUGGAUAAGCAGGGCGGAUCUUCAUUAGCGUCCUCGAAUCCGCAAUAAAAAGGAAGCCUUGCUGGAGAGGUAAUCAGACGUCUCGUCGAAGCUGAAACAACACAACCAGCAUCUGCAAGAAUCGAGGAGAAUGAUGGGCGACCGAAAAGAUUUUCCAAUCAUCUUCACCUUUGCGGUGGCGACUCUGCUGAGCUGCUGCCAGGCCUCUAGUUCCUCCCUACCCCGUGUCACUCGGACAAGUGAUGCCGUCAUUAUCGACUUUCCUGACGUCCAAAUGGUUUAUCCUGGACCCGUUCCGCUGCCCACAUUCAAUCCUUAUUCGACGAUUUACCAGCAACAACCAAUGUUUUACAACGGAUGGCCCACUUUAAACGGACUCCCUAGUCUUACUGCUGGUUACAGUAUGCGUCAGGGAGUACAACCAACUACCACGACAACAACAACAACGCCAGCACCAGCACCAGCACCAGCACCAGCGAUCAAAUGCGGUCGUGGACCGACCAGAUUUCCCGAACAUCAUCCGCACCGGUCAUUGAUUAACGAAAGGAAUCGUGACGAAACCAACGCCAAAAAGAAUUCCUGGCCUUUCAUGGUGUUCGUGUUACCUCUCAUUUUUGGCGUGCCAUGUAGCGGAGUUUUGAUUAGUGACACCAAAGUUUUGCUGGCGGCUCAGUGUCUGGAACGAAUGCCUCUUAUUUACUGGUCUACCAUAGUUGUUUUAACUGGAGUCCAUUCGGUUUCUCCAACCGACGCCCAAAUGUCGAGAAGAGUCACUCGAGCUGUAAUUCACGCCAGAUACAAUGCUGGCAACUAUGCCAAUGAUAUCGCAAUCCUGACACUGGACAUGCCCGUGAUUUUUUCCAAGACUGUUGUGCCGGUUUGUUUGCCGCCGGCCAGUACCGACCCUGACCAAUACGCCGACCAACAUGCUGUUACUUUGGGAUGGGGAACAACUGAACUAGGUUACCCAAGCGCCACCCUUGGGGGAAUGAUCCGAGAAGGAAGUAGCGUGACCGCCCUUCAACAAGCCACGGUUCACAUGCUGUCCAACUCAUUGUGCAGGGAAGAAGAUUACUUUGGAAAAUACAUUUCGGACUUGAAUAUCUGCGUCAAAUCUGAAGAACAACAACCAUGCGUAAGUGACGUCGGCAGUCCAUUAGUCGUCCAAUCGUCGCCAGGGACUUGGACCGUAAUUGGAAUCCACAGCUACGGGCAGGGUUGCGGCGUUAGUGGCCUCAAAACCAGAGUGUCGGCGUUCAGAACAUGGAUUGACCAAUACAUCAAUUAAAAAAUGAACCACAAGGAUAUCACGACGACGACCAACAUGAAACGUCACGAUUAUGAAAUUCGAACUCUUGAAUUUUAGUUCUUAUGUUUUUUUUAUUCAGGGUCAACUGACAAAUAUUAGUUACUUCAAGCCAUGCGUUAUUUAAUGUACCAAUGCGUACCGCUUGAAAAAAAUUUUGAAUAAAUAUUAGCCCAAGCAAGCAAA